CAGCUAGUUGGAUACGAAAAAAAGUUAAAACAAAAUAAAUAUAUUAAAUUUGCAUACAAAAAUAAUGAGGUGUCGAGUGUAAAGAAAAAAGUCGCCUGUACAAGAGUCAAAUGUGCAAUGUGAAAGACAGCAUAAAAGAUUGUGCGUGUGUGUGACCGUGUACGUGUGUGAGUGCGUGUGCUUUGAUGUAAAUACCACGAAAAUCGCUGAACGCCGAAAAUAAAGCAGCAGAAAUCAACGAAGACGAAGACGACGUCGCCGUCAACGAGGCGGGCGCUCGCCAAAAAGCAAAGCCAAUACAAGGAACCGCAGUCGCAGAGGCAACGUCGAGACGCAUGUACGCUCAAUGCUCAGCGCUGGCUGCUGGCCGAAGUCGUCUAAAACGGCCAACGAUCGUGUGAACUGUGCGUAUACUUAACUUCCUUUACUGGAGCAGCAGCAGCAGCAGCAACAAGCAGCCACAAAACAAGGAGCAACAACAACAGCAACAACAUUUAGUGCGAAAAUGUUCACAUCAAAGCAACACCAACUGCAGCAAGGACCUCAUGGACUGCCGCGCCUGGUACACAUUUGCCUGUUAUUGCUAUCGCUGAGCUGGGCGGCCAAUGGCAGCAACAUUGUGGAGCCCGAGGAGGCGGCUUUUCAAGGUCACUGCGGUCAUACGAGUCCCUGCGAGCAGCUCUGCUAUGAGAUACACGAUGGGAUGUACGAGUGCGACUGCAUCGAGGGCUACGAGCUGAACAAGAAUGGCUAUAGCUGUCAAGUGAUAAACACGACGAACAGCGGCCAGGAAGGACAUGGCAAGUCGGAUGAGGAUGUGCUCUAUCAGAAGGGCGCAUCGUUUAGUGCGAAGCUGGCCAAUGCAGCGGCGGCGGCAGCAACCGCUGAAGUUGAUGCCGGGCAAGCGGAUGUGGCUGAUGCGGAUGCGGAUGCGGAUGCCAACGGGGAUGGGGAUGCGAAUAGCGAAUAUGAUUACAACGAUGAGAAUUUAGAUGGCAUGCGGGAACAGAAAGUCAAUUCAAACGAUUAUUACAUAUCAGCGGAGAGCAUUAGCUUCAACGAGAAUCAAGAGCUUGAUGCGGCCGACUUUAAGGUGGCAACCACAGCGGGCACAGCCACAAAACUAACUAAGUCGACCAAAGCCACACCAACAACAACAACAUCGACAACGACAACCACCGCAAAAGCAACAAUUGAGCGCGGCAACGUGGCGAACAAAGCCAACGGACAACGCAAUGUUAUGGAUUAUGGCUUGUCCGAUGUGGACGGCGAUGUCGAUGAGUAUUAUAGCUAUAAAGCGGACAUGUCCAUCUAUGACGAUGUCAACAAUAAUCAAUUAAAUUUAAGACGCAACAGCAACAGCAACAGCAACAGCAAUUCGCAUACAUAUCAACAGACUAGCAACAACAACAAGAACAACAACAACUUAAACAACGACCACUUCAAAGUCGCAAUGCAUAUCAACAAUAAUAAGCAUGCUGCCAAUAGCAACAUAUCACUUAAGACAACAACAACAACAACAACAUCAACAACUACAACAGCAGCAGCUCCAGCAGCAGCCCUCAGCAGCACGCUUUGCAAUCUGGACUGUGGCUCGGAGGGAAUUUGUGCUCUGGAGGCGACGGCGUCCACAGCUCGCUGUUUGUGCCCAUUUGGCAAAACGGGCGAAAGUUGCCUUGAAGAUAUCAGGGCGCACGUGCCACGCUUUGCCAAACGCUCCUGGCUGGCAUUUGCGGCACUCCAUGGCGCCUAUAAGCAUGUACAGCUGAGGCUGGAAUUCCGUCCAGAAUCCUUUGAUGGUAUCAUAUUGUUGAGCGGGGAGCGGGAUGAUCUAACUGGCGAUUUUAUGGCCCUGCUACUGAACAAGGGCUUUGUCGAGUUCUGGUUCGAUUGCGGCUCCGGCGUGGGCAGCGUUCGAUCCAGAGAGACCAUCAUGUUGAACGAAUGGAACUCGGUGAUUAUCUACCGCCAUCGCUGGGAUGCCUGGCUGGUGCUCAAUCAUGGCACCAAAGUCCAGGGCAGAUCGAAUGGUCUCUUCUCGCGCAUUACCUUCCGCGAACCGGUCUUUCUGGGCGGCAUUGGCAACAUAACGGGACUGGCCAAGCGCCUGCCAUUGGCUGAGGGCUUUGCCGGCUGCAUACGUCGCUUCGUGGCCAACGAGCACGACUACAAGUUCACGGAGCAUCCACUGGGCGAUGUCAUCAAUGGCUUUGAUAUACAGGACUGCUCGACGGACAAGUGCGUGCGUUAUCCUUGCCAGCAUGGCGGCAAGUGCUUGCCCUCGGAUCAGGGUGCUGUUUGCCUGUGCCCCAUUGGCUUUGUCGGUGAUUUGUGUGAGAUACGCAUGGACUUGCAGGUGCCCGCAUUCAACGGAUCCUCUUUUCUGCGCUAUGCUCCGCUGGGGGACAGCGCUUUGAUCUGGCUGGAGCUGAAGGUUAUAUUGAAGCCGGAGCAGGCGGAUGGUCUGAUACUUUAUUCUGGACCGGAGCAGCGCGGCGAUUUCAUAGCUUUGUAUUUGCACGACGGCUUUGUGGAGUUUGCCUUUGAUUUGGGCAGCGGCCCAGCUGUGGUGCGCAGUGAACACUCGCUUAGCCUGGGUCAAUGGCACACCAUCAAGAUCUCAAGAACCGCACGCCUUGCCGUGCUCAAGAUCGAUCAGCAUCAGGAGGUCAUGACCAUAUCGUCGAAUGGCUUCUGGCAUCUGUCACUGGCGCAGAAUCUGUUUGUGGGCGGCGUCAAUCACGUGGACCGCCUACCAUUGGAUCUCAAGUACAAGUCCUUCUUUGUGGGCUGCAUUCAGCGCAUUGACAUCAAUGGCCACUCGCUGGGCAUUGUGGCCGAAGCACUGGGCGGCAGCAACAUUGGCAACUGCCCACAUGCUUGUGUGGCCCGCCCCUGCGGACCGCUGGCCGAGUGUGUGCCACAAAUGGAGAGCUACGAGUGUCGUUGCAGCAUCUACAACGAGCGCUGCAAUAAGGCAGCUGAAGUGCCACCCGAGCAGCUGCCGGAGCUGAUGCUACACAAGCAGCACAAUGCCCAAGCACUUGAAGCCAAACAACACAAAGGAGUUGAGUCUAAGAAAUUGUGGGCGCACAAGAAGCAUUCGACAAAACGCAAGAAUUUGCAUAAGCACAAGACCACACCUGCAACCACCACCAGCACCACUUCAACCACAACCACCACCACAACGACAACGACUACAGUCAAGCCACCCACACCAACAGCAGCUGCAGCGGGUGGUGCGCCCAGCAAUGAGGAAAUCGAAGAUGAUAUCAUUUUUCGCUUUGUACACGAGAACGCCGCAAAGGCGCCCAGCCCCAUUGUGCGGCUACAGCAGGCUCCACUCGUGGGCAAACAGCAUGUGAGCAAGCAUGAGCAUCACCAGAAGCCGAACACCUUUGCGCGCAAACUUAGCCGCCUGCCCACACACUACGAAAGUUUCCAAACUAAUCCGGACAGCGAUAUACUUACAUUCGAUGAUAACAACGAUUGGGUGGCCAGCAUGCAGCAGCAGGAGUAUGCGGAUGCCAUGGCAACCAGUCAAGUUGGCCAGACAGCGGCAGCCAGCUCAGCGGAAGGUGAUGUGGCCAAUGUGGAUGCGGAAGCGGAUGUCGAUGCGAGUGGUUUUGUUUUCGAUGAGUCACUGUUUGAUGCCAACGACGGCGCGGAGGAUUAUCAACGCAAGCAGCUUGCCCAGGACAUGAAGCGCAUCAUGUCCAAUACACACACGCACAUGCACACGCAGAAAAAGGAAAACCAACAGCAGCAGCUGCAACAACAACAAAAACAACAGCUGCCACCCGUGGAGCCGCAGUACAGUGAAGAUUACAGCGACGAUGAGCUGUUAACACCCGUGCUCAAGUCUGAGCCGGCGGCUCCAGCUGCUGUCCUUAGCACACCUCAAACGCACACCGAUUGGAGUCUACUCAAGAAAUUCGAUUUGUCCGCGGAGCAUCAGUCACAGGUGCAGAGCGUACGCAAGAACUUUGGUGCCUGUUUUGCCGGCACCGACAGCUAUUUCCACUACAACGAUGCGGACACCAUGAGCCAGGUCAUCAGCUACAACAUCGAUCUCAAUCUGCGCAUCAAGACGCACUCGGAGAACGGCGUGAUACUAUGGACCGGCAGGCAGGGCACAACGGAGGAGCACGAUGACUACUUGUCGCUGGGAAUUGAAAACGGAUAUUUGCAUUUCCGCUAUGAUUUGGGCGCUGGGGAACUGGAUAUACGCUUCAAUGGCACCAAAGUGAGCGAUGGACUGUGGCAUCGUGUCAGAGCUAUACGAAAUUCCCAGGAAGGUUACUUAGAAGUGGAUGGACGUAAAACCCAGACACUGCGUACGCCGGGCAAGCUGCGACAACUGAACACCGACACCGGACUCUAUGUUGGUGGAAUGCCUGAUGUGGCAUACUUUACGCACCAGCGCUACUUGAGUGGAAUCAUUGGUUGCAUAUCGGAGAUCGUCUUGGCUGGCGAGAAAUUAAACUUUGAUCCAAAUACGUUGGGCACAGCGCACAACGUGGAGACGGGCCUACUAUGAAACGCUGCACUUACAUAAGCCUCAAGACUUUUGAUACAUAUAUCAAAUAGUUUAAAUGUUAUUAUUUAAUUAACGAAAUGUUUACAAAUAUGUCUAUUUCGUUUGUGUUUGUACAAAGACGCUUUUAAAAUCAACUGAGAAAGAGAGGAUUGAGGAAGGCAGAGAAAGAAACAAAGGGAAAGAGAGCGAGAGAGAAGUGUUUUCUAGUUGGGAAAAUUUUUUUACGCCAUGAGAUGAGCUGAGAAGUAACUAAAGUAAAUAUAGUAAAC